AUUGCCACUUCACAUAUUUAACGGUCAACUAUGAAAGCUGACUGCCACGUAAGCUAGAGUUAACGGAGAGUGACCAAGCUUGAACCAUUUAACUAAUUUGAGUGAUCAAGAUUGGAUUUAAAUAUUUCAAGUAGGAAUGGCAAUGGGGCAGGUCCGGGGCGGGUUUCUUGGUACCCAGACCCGCCCCGUGGCAGGUCGGGUCCAGGUCGGGUAAUUGAUCACGGGUCAUGGGUCGGGGCAGGUUGACCCAAUGGGUAUGCAAUUUAUAUGAAAAACAUUAGAAAUAUUCGUUAUUUUUAUUAUAAGACUAAGAAAACAAACAAUAUUAUGACAAUUGUAGUUAAAUUAUUGGAGAAAUUGAGAUUUUUACUAAUUUACAACUUUAUUAUAGCUAAAAUAUGAUGCAAUAAAAGGAAAAUUCUCAGUAAUUUGACUAAGAUUACAUGUGAUUUAGACAAGAAUGGGUCGAGAAUGGGGCGGGUCAGGGCAGGUCGGGUCGAUGAGACUACCCAUGCCCGCCCCGCCCCGCCUACAGGGCGGGUCGGACCCGCCCCAAAACAGGUCAAACAGGUCGUGUAAAACGGGUCAGGUCGAAAUUGCCAUCCCUAAUUUCAAGUGACCAAACAUGAACGUUUUUUGUAAUUUCAGUGACCAAUCAUGCAAUUAACCCAAAUUUCAUUUUAGCAAUCGAAAUUGCUGAUCUUGUCUGUUUGGUGUUCACAAAUCAUUAGAGGUGGCAAUUAGGAUCCAAAUUAUCCAUCUAAUCCAAUCCAUCCACCAAAAUUAUCCAUAUAAUCCAAUCCAUUUAAAUCCAAUCCAAUUGAUCCAAAUCCAAUUGGAUUGGUGGAUUCAUGGAUCAAUCCAUGGAUCCAAAUGGCAAAUUACGAUUUGGUACCUAUAUUUUUUAUAUUUUACAUUUGGUACCUAAAAUUUAUAUUUUUAUACGAAAAAUAUCUUUGGAAAAUUACAUUUUGGUACCUAAAAUUUUUCAUUAUGACAUUUUAGUACCAAAACUUUUCAAAUUUUACAUUUUGGUCCAAGCGUUUGAUGUCAUUUGGAUUCAUGGAUCAAUCCACCAAUCCAUUUGAUCCAAUCCAUGAAUCCACCAAUCCAUUUGAUCCAUGUAUCCACCAAUCCAAUCCACGAAUCCACGAAUCCGAUCCAAUUGCCACCUCUACAAAUCAUUCAUUUCUAGUUUCUUUGCAUAUACAAGUCCUACUUGCAUUGGACAUCAUAUCUUUUUUUUUUUGGACCUUAACAAUAGAAUGCGGUUCUCGGAUUUGGUCGACUGUGGCUUAAAUCAUUGUUGUGUAGUUAAGGUAGGAUGAAAACCAACUUAGUUAUGCUGCUCACAGCAUAAAUUGUGAGUAGAUACUCACACGGUGGAUCUAUUGUCCACGAGGGCAAGACUCAGAUGGGACUGGUUUGGGUUGAGGAAGGUGAGUCGGUUUGGGUUGGCUGGCCAAACCCACGACUGACCCACCACAAAUUCAAAAACCAAAAAUUCUUUCCCCAGGUCAGUUUCUCCGCCAGAACCACUUUCCCCUCUCUCCCCCUUUUCCCCUCUCUCUCACUUUCCUCCUCUCACGAACACGACGAAGAAGCAGCGAUUUCACGGCGACCACCAGCGAAGCGGCGGCGACGGACCUGCGAAGCGGCGUCGAGGGUGCAGCGUAGCGGUGGUUGGUUUCGGCGGCGGCGACGAGGGUCCAGACUAAUCGGCGGCGACGAAGGCCGGGGUUUCACGUCGACGAAGCUUGUGUUGAUGGCGGCGACUUUGCAGACGAAUCGGCGGCGACGAAGGGCUGGGUUUCACGACGACGAAGUAGCGGCGGUUGGUUUGACGGCGGUUGUGGAGAAAGAACUACUUUGUGGACUAAGUUGUUUGAUAGGAUCUGCACAAGAAGCAGCUCGAGGUCAAAGCAAGGCGAGGGAUAAAACGAACGUGAAGAGACAGCGACGAAAUCCACCGCCGUCACCAUCGCCACAGCCAGAGGAGGAUGAGGAAGAAGAAGAUGCUGAAGUCGCAGCGCAGUACAUGCACAAGGAGUAAAGACCUUUAGAUAGGGUUCAGUUUUCAAAUACUGAUUUUGUAUCCGAUUGAAGAUGUUAGGAGUAAAGACCUUUGCCGCAU